AUAAUGUGAGUAAUCUUGAGGAAACCGGUAUUUUAUAUUUUCCUUCGAAGCCACAAAAUGUUAGGUUUGUCAAAAAUUUUGAAUAUAAGGCUCUACUCCAAUAUCAAAACAACAAGAAACAUCCUCGAGCCUCUGAAACACAGGUCGCUGCUUCGAGUCGCAGGAAAUGAAGUCAAAGAAUUCCUCCAAGGUCUAAUAACCAAUGAUAUAAACCAUCUCAGCCAAAGUCUUGGGGGUUCUAUGUACACGAUGUUUCUCAACACCAAAGGACGCGUUAUUCAAGACACCAUAAUCUAUAGAACUAAGGAAAUUGAUACAUUCUUGGUAGAGUGUGAUAAUGGAGCCCUAGACCAACUUGCAAAACAUUUGAAAAUGUAUAGGGUGCGUAGAAAAAUAGACAUUGUUAGUAUGAAAGAUGAACUUCACGUACACGUUCUGUUUAGUAAUAACAGCAUAAGAACUGAACAUGAUGAAAAUGCUAGUCAUACCAAAUUGGAUGGAAUCGUGGUGCCCUGCAAUACGUUGAAAGGUACCAUGCCUGAGACAUCAACUAGCACCACAAUAUAUAAAAAUUUAUCAAUAUACAAAGAUCCUAGGGUGAUUGAGUUGGGAUCCCGCAUAAUAUCAAAAGAAGGAACUGAUGUGAAGCAGCAAAUAACCGAAUUAGUAGGAGCGGUUGAGUCACCUCAUUCUCACGAAAAUUACAAACUUCUUAGGUACUCCUUGGGAAUAGGAGAAGGAAUAAAUGAUCUACCUUCAGAUAAUUGCUUUCCACUUGAAUGCAAUUGUGACUACCUUCACGGCAUUAGUUUUCACAAAGGUUGUUAUAUCGGGCAAGAACUUACUGCUAGGACACACCAUACAGGAGUUGUGCGUAAACGAUUGAUGCCCCUGUAUUUUAAAAGUGUACCAACUAAGUUACCAGUGGAUAGUAUUAUAAUUCACCAAACUAAGAACAUUGGAAAACUGAGAGGGGUUGAAGGAAACCUGGGAUUGGCACUGCUCAGGGUUAGCUCUGCACUGGAGUUUGGAAAUAUCACAGUGGGAAAUGGUAUAGCAUCUGUUCAGAAGCCUCAUUGGUGGCCUUUGGAAGCUCCUAAAGAAAAAGUUAAUAUGCAAAAGAGCUGAUGAUUAAUUUAUUGUUGGGUUUGCUUAGUUGGUUUUGUUAGAAAAGUUGGAGGUACCAGCUAUGAUGGAAGUUGUGGACGAGACUGAGCAUGUUAAUGAAACCAAAAUAAAUAUUAACGUACCUACUGAAGAAGCAAAAGUAUCAACUGAUGAAUCACAAGCCAAAAAAGCAAAGGAAGAAAUUAACUAUUUCCAGUGCUCUGCUUGUAUUUUCAGAGAAAGAUAUGAAUAUUUCGGAAGCAACCCACCUCAAGUCAAAAACUAUAUUUUAUUAGAAGAUGCAUAUGUCAUAGAAGAUCCAUUCACUACUCCAAAACAAGGCAAAAUCAUAAUACUCGGUUCACAUUGUAUCAUUUGCAGGAAACCUGUUUGCAAAGAUGCUAUUUGUAGUCUCUA